ACACACUGAGAUAUGGUCAUGGACAUCGCGCACCGAGACCACCUCCUCGCCGCGGCGCACGGCGUGCUCGCCGUCGCCACCCUCGCCGCGUGCGUCCUCGCCGAGGUGGCCGUCUUCUCGUCGCGGCGUCACGCGGGGCUCUACCUCGUGCCGGUCUCCGCGAUGGUGCUCCUUUACCGCUUCCGGCGCCGUGCCGCGGCGAGCGACGUCGGGCUCGUCGACUUCUCGUGCCUGAAGCCGCCUCGCCGGCUGCGCAUUCCGGUGGCCGGGCUGCUCGAGCACUACAAGCUCAUCGGCUGCUUCGACGACAGCAGCGUCGAGUUCAUGACCAAGGUCAUCGAGGCCAGCGGCAUGGGCAACGAGACCUACUUCCCGCCGUCGCUGCACUACAUCCCGCCGGCGGACACGCACGCCGAGGCCAUCCGGGAGGCGCACAUGCUCUUCUUCCCCACGCUCGACGACCUCUUCGCCAAGACCGGCGUGCCGCCGUCGGCCGUCGGGGCGGUCGUCGUCAACUGCAGCGGCUUCUGCGCCACGCCGUCGCUCUCAGCCAUCAUCGCCAACCACUACCGCAUGCCGAGCGACGUCAAGACCUACAACCUCUCCGGCAUGGGCUGCGCCGCGGGCGUCAUCGGCGUCGACGUCGCCAGGAACCUCCUGAGGACGCACGCCAUGUCCUACGCCGUCGUCGUCAGCGCCGAGAUCGUCACGGUCGGCUGGUACAGCGGCAAGGACCAGAGCAAGCUCCUCCUCAACUGCUACUUCCGCACCGGCUGCUCCGCCGCGCUCGUGACCAGCAAACGCGGCGGCGGCGGCGGCGCUGCCUCGUCGCCGCCGGUGAAGUACCGGCUCGUCAGCCUGACCCGCACCAACCAGAUAGCCAACGACCGCAGCUACCGCUCGGGCUACCGCGACGAGGACGACGAGGGCAUCACCGGCUUCACGCUCGGCCAAGGCGUGGGCCGCAUGGUCAGCGAGCUCCUCCGCGCGCACCUCCUCACCCUCAGCAUCUCCAUCCUCCCAUGGCGCGAGAAGCUGCGCUACGUCGCCGCGGUGCUCGUCUCAGCGCACCUCCGCCGUCACGACAAGCUCUCCUCCUCCUCCUCCUCCUCCUCCAACCCCACCGCCGCCAUGCCAAUGCCCGACUUCCGCACGGCGGCGGAGCACUUCUGCCUGCCGUCGUCGGGGAGGCCGAUGAUCUGGCGGCUCGGGCAGGGGCUCGGGCUGGGCGAGAAGGAGAUGGAGGCGGCGCUGAUGACGUUCCACCGGUUCGGCAACCAGUCGGCGGCGUCGCUGUGGUACCAGCUCGCGUACAUGGAGGCGAAAGGGAGGGUCCGGCGAGGCGACACCGUGUGGCAGCUCGGCAUCGGCAGCGGGCUGAAGGCGAACAGCUUGGUGUGGGAGCGCGUCGCCGCCGACGACCACUUCGCCAGCGAGCGCCGCGGGAGGAGCACGCUGGGGCCAUGGAGGGAGUGCAUCCACAACUACCCCGUCGCUCAACCGUAGAACGCACCUGAUCGAUUAGAGACGAACUUAUAAUUAAUUUGUGUUUAUGGUUAAUCUGUUCCAAGACACAACCAAUUAGAUGUGCCAGCCAACCAUGUUCUACCAAAUGUUAAUCUAGUGUUGUUUUUUUUUCUUAAUUUGGUGUUUUAAUAUUGCCAUCCACUUUACUGGAAAUAAAGGCGAUAUAUAUUAUAUAUAUACUUUACCUUAAUUAAGUGAA